AUGGCACCUCGCGCUGAGAUUGUUCGACGAGACCAUGAGAAGGACAUGUCCUCUGUGAAAAUUGCAAUACCAGAUCUCCCACUUAUGCUUGGUCAGAUUUGGACCGAUGACAAAUCCUCGCAGUUAGAAGGAACCAUUUUCUUUAGGAAGCUGCUUUCAAUGAGAAAUCGUCCAAUCAACGGGGUUAUAAGUAUUGGAGCUGUUCCUCGCUUUGUCAAGUUUCUAGCUGACGAAGAGAUGCCUAAACUUCAAUUGGAGGCAGCUUGUGUGCUCAAUUCUAUCUCGUCAGGGACAUCAGAUUAUAAAAAAGUUGUAGCUGAAAGUGGUGCAUUAUCGAUAUUCAUCAAACUUCUCGGUUCUUCUAGUGAGGAUGUCUGCGAGCAGGCGGUUCGCGCACUUGGAAAUGUAGCUGCAAACUCACCAAAAUACCGUGAUGUUGUCCUAAAUCACAAUGCCAUGUUACCUCUUCUGUCUCACUUCAAUGAGCAUUCAAAGCUCUCGAUGCAGAGGAUUGCUACAUGGACCUUAGCAAACUUGUGCAGAGGGAAGCCACAGCCUUCGUUUGAGCAGAUAAAACCAGCCAUACCCGUUCUUGAGCGCCUUUUGCAGUCAACAGAUGAAGAGGUUCUCAAAGAUGCAUGUUCAGCUCUGUCAUACCUCUCUGAUGAGUCAACCGACAUAAGGCAGGCAGUUAUCGAUGCAGGCGUAAUCCCUCACCUCAUCAAUAUCUUAUGUCAUCCGUCGCCAUCAGUGUUGGUUCCUGCUCUUCGUACCAUUGGGAAUAUUGUAACCAGUCGUGAUGACCAGACUCAGAUGGUUCUCAACCAUCAAGUGCUUCAUCCUCUCUUGAACCUGUUAACAAAUAACUCUUACAAGAAGAUUGUCAAGAAGAGCGUGCUGGACCAUCUCCAACAUCACAGCAGCUGGGAACUCAAACCAGAUACAAUGAUUGACGCAGGCAUAAUUCAGUCACUUGUUCUGUUGCUUCAAACCGCAGAUUUCAAAGUGAAAAAAGAAGCUGCUGUGGGGAUCUCGAAUGUUACUGCUCGUGGCACUGAAGAACAAAUCAGAUUCAUGGUGAGUCAAGGUUGUAUCGAACCGGUAUGCAAUCUUCUUACGUGCCCAGAACCAAGCAUCAUAACGGUUUGCCUAGAAGCCUUGGAGAAAAUUCUCAUUGUUGGAGAAGCAGAGAAGAACUUGGGCGAUAUCCUCUACGCUUCAAUAAUGAUAGACGAUGCAAAAGUACUUGAGAAGAUUGAGCAACUUCAAAAUCAUGACAACAACGACAUACACCAAAAAGUCGUGAAGAUCAUCGAAACCUUUGGGCAGAAGACGGAGAAGGCAACAAACCAGCUUUAA